AUGCGAAAUGGGGAGGAGUGUGUUGGGAAAUCGCACGUUGCAUUCAGGCUAUUAAAUUACAGGAAGGUAAAGUCGACUGCAGUUGAAAUCUCUCAAGAUAACCGCUUUGCGUUAACUAAUGAAAUGAACGAGGAAGAUAAGCGACUGAAAGGUGACAACGAAGGAGCAGAAGAAGACCACGAAGUUGAGGAAGUGGAGCAACACCUCCAGAAAGAAGGUGCAUCAGGAGAAAUCAACGACGAUGACGAUGAUAUUGAUAACCCAGAGUCCAAACAGAGGAAAUCAGGGGUCCUCUAUUUUUCUCGUAUCCCUCCGAAAUUCACACCGUCAAGACUACAAGAGUAUUUCGAGAAACAUGCGCCCGGCAUGAUUGGCAGGGUCCAUUGCACGCGUAACAAGAACGCAAAAACGAUUGAAAAUCGUUACUCCGAAGGAUGGUUGGAAGUAAAACGGAAGAAAGUGGCUAAAGCUCUCGCUGCUCGUUUUGACAACGCUCCUGUGGGUGGAAAAAAGAGAGACUACACGUCAAGUGUCUUAUGGAAUAUCAAAUAUCUCAGUUCUUUCAAAUGGGUCCAUUUGAUGGAACAACUACAGUACGAACGCACGAUAUCAAUGCAUCGUAUGAGCGCCGAGAUAGCACAAGCAAGACGAGUUGCGGCGCAUUUUGAAGAACAGGUUGACAAAGGGCGGCAUCUGAAGAGACUGGAAGAGAAGGCUCUGAAAGCCGGUGGUCUUUGGAACAAGUUCCAGCGUGAUAUUGAACAGCGGCACGUCGUGAAAUCGAAGAAAAAAAAAAGCUGA